CCGUAACGACCGAUACUUCCCGCUUUUGUUCUGCAUUUAGUAAUGAAAAGGCAAACAGCGACACCUAGCACUUGAUAGCUGACUCUGGCGUAGCUGAAAGAUUUCAAUCGUACAUGAAUUUGAUGGUUUAAAGAUACAUAACUUACAAUGAUUGACCUAUUUAAGAUCAAAGAAGACUUCUCCUUUAUGGUUAAAGAGGCAGAGCCAUGGACAUUAACACAGUUUGUCAUGUGGCUAGAUUUGAAACUAUCUGAGUUUAAAACCAAGGGAUACAUGGUGUUAGACCAUAAUGUAAAAACAAAGCCUAAAUGGUUGGAAGAAGACACCAUAACAUCUGAUAUUGCACCACCUCCAGCGCCUUGUAGGAAUUGUCAUUCAUCAUCAUCAUCCACUGGUCAUGCUGGGCGUGAUGUUGGCCAGUAUUACUCAGAUAUUCAUGCAUCACAACCUGUCCAUCAGCUGAAUGCAGCCUCAAGAAUUAAGGACAAGGCUCAGCAGAAGUCAACAGAUGAGUCAGAAAAUAUUCGUGGUGAGGUGGGAAUUAUAGAUCUGUCUCAUGGAGAAAUGCAGAAUAGGGUGAACAAUAACAAUUUUAGACAGAAUUCCAAUCAGAACAGUGCAAUAUCCCAAAGUGCCAAUUUGAGACAGAUACCUUCACCAGGGUCCUUAAAACAAAAAAACCUGACUGUUUCUAUUCAAAGACAAGAAAAACGUGCUAGAACUGAAGUUAUUGAGAUUGAUGGAUCCUCACCAACAGAGAAAAUGUUUUCUUCAAAUAGACAAGAAAUCGGAAAAACCAGCACUCCAAUUGUUAGACGGGCAGGUCAGCUUUUACAAAAGGCCAAAAACAGACAAGCAUUGUCAACAGGUACUGCAAUAUAUACUUCAACAACAACAACACUGACACCUACUUUUUCUUCCAGCUUUAGUUCACAGUCUACAAGGACAGCUAGUUCAAAUAGAAAUUUUGCUCUUGGAGCACCACCAGUUAGUUCAUUUCUAGCACCACCUAUGAGUUCAUCAGCAUUUUCAGUAUCACCAGUUACUGGUUCACAAUCAUUGGAUGAUAUAAUUGCAGAGACAGUUCAGGCAGUGUCUGGACAAUGCAGAUUAUCAACAGAAGUACCUCCGUCCAGUCAGUCAUUUAGCACAGGACCAAAACUACUCGAUUCCAGUUCUGUGAAACGUCAGACAAGUUUUCAGGACACAACCUCAUCUAAUCAGCCUUCAGCACCAACUGUGUUCCCUGGAUUGUCAAUUUCACCAAAUUCAUUCUCCCAGAUGGUUGAUGGACAAGCUGUUCCUGUGGCUCUGCAUGCCAAUAUUGACAAUAUCAGUAGAGAUUUGUCGCAGGUGUCAGCACCAUCAUGUUCUAAUGCCACUGAAGUUAAAAUGGAAACAGACCUGAAUGCCAGUAUAAGUGACUCCUUUAGUACAGAUGCAGCAACAUUACAAACCUCAUUAUUAGAUACAAGUACAGACUCAUCACUCUCAUUUCAAGACACAUCUCAUACAUCACAUGGUCCUGUAGAGCCUGGUGGAGUCCCUAGACCAGGUCUGAUUGACACAGAGACUGCAAAGGCUUAUCAGAUGGUAGAACUUGUAACAGGUAGUGGUGUUUAUGUUUAUGAUAAAACAAUAUCACAAGCUUUUAAGGUGGGAACUGAGAGAGAUACAGGUACAUACAGUGGUGAAAAAAUGGCAAGAUAUUUAUUAAAUGUAUUCUGGUCUAGGAAGGAUCUAGUUGGUGCUACUUUAUCAAAGGCUGGUCGAGGGAAAAAAAUACUUAAUCAACAGAUUAUAGAAGCAAUACUAGAUUUCUGUGAAGCCCAAAGCCGACAUGCCAGAACAAAGGCUAGAACUGCUAUGAACAACAGUAUUACUUCUAUAACUUGGCAUGCAAAACAGAGAAAGAAAAUGAGAUAUGGAUUGAUGGGAUUUCCAUAGUUGUGUAAAUACGUACACACUUUAUGUAUUUUUCAGUUGACAUUAGGAUUUUACUCAUUGUAGAAUUUUAGAUGACAUUGAAUUUUUCACAUGACUGUAUAAACAAACAAAUCAUACAAGAAUAAAAACUAUUUUUAUGGAACUGAUUAUUUGUCCCCUACUACCACGUCCUAUGGAAUUUUAAGUUUGCACUCCGUCCGUCUGUCUGUUUGUCUCCCUGUCUGUCUAUCUGUCCGUCAGUCCAGCAAAUCAGUUUCCUACACAUUUUUUCUACAUACUUGAAGAUAUUGAUUUGAUAUUUGGUGUAUUUUGUUUUGUUCUGGUUUUGUGAUUUUAUGCCAAGUUAUGGUACUUGACUGAAAAUUCACUAAAACAAAACCUUUUCCCACACUUUUUGCUGUCCGUCUUGAAGAAAUUUAUUUGAAAAUUGGUUUAGUUUUAUCAUGACAAGUUAAAGAUCAAGUUUGAAUUUUGUUCUGGUCUGUUGAUUUUGUGCAGAAUUAUGGUCUAUGGACUUGGAAAAUUAAAUCGAUAAUAAGUUUUAUGCACUUUUUUCGUCAUGCUUGAAGAUAUUUAUUUGAUAUUUGUAAUAUAGUUUACACCAUGACAAGUUAUAGAUCAAGUUUGAAUUGUGUUCUAAUACAAUGAAUAUUUUUUAACCAGUAGGGAACUAUGUAUUGGUAUGCAUGAAUUUUGUCUGGACCAAUUUAAAUGUUAUAACUUUUCUAAAAACUUGUUUCAUGUUUACUUUGAUUUCUCUGAGUUUUGGUUUUGCAAUAAUGGUUCAUUAACUGAUAUUUCUAGUAGUAGACUGCAUUAAAUAUAACUGAUCAGCUUCAAUAAAUAGUAAAGUACUGAUAUUAUUAUAUUGUAAAGGACUUUCUCUCUAUAUAUAUAUAUACAUAUAAGUGAUUGAAAAAUUGUAUAGUCAGGUUCGGUUAUUGGAUUUUGUGUACCAAGCAGAACUGUAUUUAUUUUGAUAUUAUAACAGUUAUUUCAUGACCUAAUUGGAAUGUCCUUUGAAUUUCAACUGAAAAAUAUUUUUGUACUAAAUAAUCUUAUGCAUGUAUAAAUAACAUUGAAAUUCUUUGUAAGAUUUUUAUGGACUCGGGUUCCAAUAAAUAAGUUAUAUGAUAGUUCUAAUAUAUUGCCUACUUUGCUGUCUGAAGACACUUUUGUUUGUUAUGAACUGAUACUUCUUUACAUUGACUUUUUAUUUUCCCCAAGUUAACAUUUACACUACUAUUGUUUACUUUUACUUCUAUAAUAAGUAAUGAAGCUGUGUUUUUCUUUUGAAAUAUCAUAUUAUUAAAAAAAAGUUUUCCAAAAAAAAAAAGUAUACACUUUUUUACUGCACAGUUUGUUUGAUAACAGUGAAAAAGAGUAUAGAACCCAAAACAAGUUCAACCUUGCCUCCUGAUCAUGUGUCAGUCCAUGGUCAGGAAACUCAUAGUUAUUAUAAGACAGAUGUUGCUUCCAGUAGUGUGUUAUUUUAAUUCAUUUGUAUUGAUGACUUGCCUAGACUUUGGACAUUUUAAUGCCUGUUUAAUUAUGUAGAGACUUACCCUUUGUCGUCCUUCGGAAAAUAGUUACUUGAUAAUCAUUUUUUUUGUAUUUCUAUUUUGGAUGGAAGUUUUAUCAUCAAUUAUUAACACAUUUUUUUUUUUUUUUUUUUGGAAUUCUGGUAAACAUGCAUGUGUACAUGUACAGUAUUUCUCUACCAUCAAAUUUAUAAAAAAAAACAUGCUGUCUAAAGCUGAUACUGUUUAAAUAUUUGGCAUCACAUAAAAAUUUAAAGGUUAUAACUUUUAUUGUUUUACAGAUUUUUGUGAUGCCAAUAGCCACCAUCCCAAAUCAAAAGCCAGGGCAGCAAUGACAAGCAGUAUUACUUCUAUUACAUGGCAUGCUAGACAGAAAAUUAAACAAGCCUCAAAAUUCAAAUGGAAAUAACUUGCAUUUUUGCAGUUUUAUUUUGCUUUCAUAUUUUUUACCCAAUCAUUAUUGCAACGAAAAACUUAUUAAGAAGUUAAAACUAAAUAUAUUUAAAUCUUACAUAAGCAUUAAUGUCAGCUGUAAGAUGUUUAAAGGGAUCUUUUCAUUUUGCACAAGUGCAAUCCCCUUCCUUUUUAUGUCUCAAAAAUUGUCUUCUUCAGUAUUUUUUAAAAGUUGACUUUCUUUGGCUGAUUCUUGCUGGUAUCAAACCUUUUUAUAAUUAUAAAUGUAUUUGUAACUUAUUAACCGAUACUUUCAACAAGCAGAAAAUAAGAAAAUGUGAUUGAAUACACAUUUGCUUGUCAAUUUUGUUUAGGCUUCUUGACCUAGAAAUAGACAAUAAAAUGCUGUACAAAUUAUAUAUAACACCAGCUUACAGAAAAGGGUGUAUAACUGUUAUUCAAGUUGAUGGAUGAGAGUUUUUUUUGUUACCUGUUCAGUGAAAAUUUGGUUUUGUAAAUAAGAGAUGCAUAUAUUAUAAAGAUAUAUACAUUGUACAUGUAUUGAAGAUUUAAUUAUAUGUUUUCAGUAAUUUGUCAAAAUUUUGCCUGUAUUAUUUUAUUGCUUUAAGAACAUGCUUUAUACCAAAAUGGUCAAACAUUGUUAAUACCUUAAGCAAUAAAUGCUUUAUUUUUAUGUUA